AGAAACAAACUUACAGGCGUCAUGAAUGUGUUGUACGGACGGAUCAAUGUUUUGGUUUUUCUCAUGAUCUCAUCCAAAUGAUAUUCGGUGUCUCAGGCGUAAUUGUUAAGGCUCACUGCUGUCUAAAGUUGUUUAGUUGACUGUUAAGUAUUAAUUAUUGUAAUUAUCUUUAAUUUUUGCUUCCUUCAGUUCUUCUAGUCGUAUUGAAAUGAUAUUUUCAUGUGUAUAAUUAAUGAGGUUAUGUCUGAUGUUUAUUCCAGAAUCAUGUAAUGAAUUCAAGGGAUCAAUUCUGAGUUUUUUUCAUGAACUGAAAUGACAUCUAAAAUGCAGCAGCAGGAGGAUGAACAAUAUAUUCAAAGAUUUGUUCGUUUUCAAUCCCUUGAUGUUCAUCCAACACACAGAGCCUUAGUAGUUAAUUAUGAUGUCGAUCCUAACAUGCUGGCCCAAUUAGGGGAUUUCAUGAUGAAGGAAUCAAGACAAAGUCAAAAGCUUGUGCGCAUAAAAGGAUCAUUUGAUACUGAUGAAAUCAGAACAUUAGCUCAAAUCAUAAUUGAUACUUGUCCAUUAGUUCCACCAUCUAAACAAACUGAAGUUGAACAGUUAUUAUAUUAUUUGCAAACAAGAAAAGGGACUGUUGAUGAAGAUAAUACAGAAGAUGUGGACGGUGAUAUUGAUACAUCUGAAACAGACAACCUUUCAACAGGGGAAGAAGAAACUGCUAGUGUCACUAGCAUCGACAGUUACAUCGAGCUUUUAUAUGAAGAAAUACCCGAGAAAAUUAAAGCAUCUGCUUUAGUUUUACAGCUUGCUCGUCAAACAGGAAAUUUAAAUGUAUUACGUAAAAAUGAAAUAUUAUUAGGAGCUUUAGCUAGAGUCCUCCGUGAAGAUGGACGAAAAUCUAUAGAACUUAGUACCAAUAUUGUGCAUAUAUUUUGUUGUUUUUCUGUGUUUACUCAAUUUCAUCCAGUUAUUGCGCAGCAUAAGGUUGGAUCUUUAUGCAUUGAUGUUGUUGAUAAUGAGCUGAAACGGUUUGAUCAGUGGACUGAAGAAAUGACAAAAAAGAAAAAUAUAAUAGAUUCAGGGAAAACUAAUGCUGCUUUAAAUAGUGAAUACGAAAAAAGUUUUCAGAAGUAUGUCAGUUUAGUGAAGAAACAGAAUCAGCUUCUUCGAGUGUGUUUUCUGCUACUUCUUCACAUAGCUGAGGAUAAGAAAGUUGAAUACAAAAUGGUUAACAGAGGGAUAAUAUCUCUACUUAGCAAAUGCCUGAGUCGAGAGGACCCUGAUCUGUUGACUGUUGCAGCUUCUUUUCUACUAAAACUUUCUGUUUUCAUUGAAAAUAAGGAAGAUAUGGAAAACAAUAAUAUUGCUGAACGUGUAGCUCAUCUAGUCCCUCACGAAAGUUCAGAGUUACUCGAUACAGUCCUACGUCUUUUGUUAAAUUUGUCUUUUUCUCUAGAGUCUAGAAAUUCGAUGGUCAAGUGUGGUCUGCUUCAGAAGCUAGUCAAUUUAUUACCUGUCAAGUCACAUCAAAAUGAGGUUUUAGGAAUUUUAUAUCAUAUUAGUUUUGAUGACCGGUGCAAAUCUUUGUUUACCUAUACUGACUGCAUUCCAUUAGUUGUAAAGAUGAUUAUUGAAUAUCCAGAUACCACGUUGCCUAAAUACUUAGUAGCACUUGCUGUAAAUCUUGCUGCUAAUAAACGAAAUGCUCAGCUCAUGUGUGAAAAUGAUGGACUCCGACACUUAGUGGAAAGAGCUUUUAAAUAUCAAGAUUGCCUUGUUUUAAAAAUGAUACGAAAUAUAUCGCAGCAUGAUGGACCAACAAAAAUUUUGUUUGUGGGCUUUGCUGAUGUGUUUUGUGAAGCUAUUCAUCGAAGCACUGGCAAAAACGAUGAUUUUAUAAUUGAAUGUGUAGGAAUUAUGGGUAAUCUGACCAUUCCAGAGUUAGAUUAUGAAAUGUUGCUGUUCCAAUAUGAUUUGCUUGGAUUCAUGAAGAAAAGGCUAUCUCAAGAAAAUUGUGAAGAUGAUAUGAUACUGGAGGUAAUUAUUCUAGCUGGGACAUUUUCUGCGGAAGAAGUAUGUGCUACAACAUUACUCGAAUCGGGAAUCAUUAAACAUGUCAUUGAACAUUUGAAUGCUAAGCAAGAAGAUGAUGAAAUAGUUCUCCAUAUUGUUUACUUAUUUUACCAACUGAUAUACCAUCGUGCCACAAGAGAAAUAAUUAUUAAAGAAACUCAAAUACCUGGAUACUUACUGGAUUUAAUGCAUGACAAAAAUACUGAAAUACGAAAACUUUGUGAUAGGAGUUUGGAAAUUAUUUCAGAAUACAAUGAAGAAUGGGCUAAGAAAAUUCAGAUUGAGAAAUUCCGUUGGCAUAAUUGUCAGUGGCUCGAAAUGAUUGAAUCUCAGCAAAUGGAUGAAGCCGAUUUUUAUGGUGAAGAUUCAUACACUCCUAGGAUUCAAGAUUUUCUCAAUCCUUCAGAUUUACUUUAUGGUAGUGGAGCCUAUGAAAGUUUGUUAAGUGAUGAAAGUCUUUCUCCUGAUGUUCUGGAUGAUUUACCAUCUACAAGAUCUAUUGAAAGUGCAUCUAGCCGUCCAAAGUCCCGUUAUAAGAAUAGGAUAGUUGGAGCUGAGUAAUUACUAGCUAAAGAAUAUGUUACUGUCACUUCAUUAGCAUGUCUCUUCGAACAACUAUGCAUACCACCUUCUGUAUUUAAAAUAGGAUCGUUUAUGUAGGUUAUAUCACAGAUUUUUUUACAUUAAUUUAUACAUCGUAUUUAUUUAUGCAGCUUUUUUACAGUUGUAUUAUUAAAUUAUUUUUAUUUAUUGAUGUGCAAUAAACAUUGUUAUCAGCUUCA